UAACCAACUCAACAACACCUGAAACCAGGUGCUCUCAGUCCCUGUUCUUCAGCCUUAUCGACAUGAGCAACUGGGGGAAAACAUCCAAGAUAAGUUACCAGCAAUGGAGGAAUCCUGAAAUCAGGUACAGUAAAUAUCAAACUCUCAUAAAUUGUAGCUUACUGGAGUUUUCUAUGAAAGGAAUCACACUUAAUGAUAUGUUGAAGUGCAAGGUGAAUGACCUAGUUUUCCAUUAGAUAAUACCUGUAGGGGAAUCAUAGGGGGAAGGAAACCGGAUAAGUUGCAUAGGUGGGUCGUUCCAUGAAAUGAGUGCCUUUUAUAUUUUAAGUAGAAAUUGUGCACCAAUAUUGAAUUCUAAAAGCCUGUUAUACACUGAACAAAAAUAUAAACGUAACAUGUAAAGUGUUGGUCCCAUGUUUCAUGAGCUGAAAUAAAAGAUCCCAGAAAUGUUCCAUGCAAACAAAAAGCUUAUUUCUCUAAAAUGUUGUGCACACAUUUGUUUACAUCCAUGUUAGUGAGCAUUUAUCAUUUGCCAAGAUAAUCCAUCCACCUGACAGGUGUGGCAUAUCAAGAAGCUGAUUAAAGAGCAUGAUCAUGACAAAGGGGUACUUUGUGCUGGGGACAAUUAAGGCCACUCUAAAAUGUGCAGCUUUGUCACACAACACAAUGCCACAGGUGUCUAAAGUUUUGAGGGAAUGUGCAAUUGGCAUGCUGACUGCAGGAAUAUCCACCAGAGCUGUUGCCAGCAAAUGUAAUGUUCAUUUCUUUACCAUAAGCCGCCUCCAACGUCGUUUUAGAGAAUUUGGCAGUACGUCCAACCAGCCUCAAAACCGCAGACCAUGUGUAUGGCGUUGUGUGGGCAAGCGGUUUGCGGAGGUCAACAUUGUGAACAGAGUGCCCCAUAGUGGCGGUGGGGUUAUAGUAUGGGCAGAUAUAUAAACUAUGGACAACGAACACAAUUGCAUUUUAUCUAUUGGCAAUUUGAAUGCACAAAAAUACUGCGACGAAUUCCUGAGGCCCAUUUUUUAAAAGGUAUCUGUAACCAACAGACGCAUAUCUGUAUUCCCAGUCAUGUGAAAUCCAUAGAUUAGGGCCUAAUGAAUUUAUUUCAAUUGACUGAUUUCCUCAUAUGAACUGUAAUUUAGUAAAAUCGUUGAAAUUGUUGCAUGUUGCGUUUAUAUUGUUGUUCAGUAUAUUAAAGUGCCCUUUAAUAUAGAUCAGAUAGAGAAUUUAAUAAAUCUGAAUUUUAUAUAAAUUCUGUAUUUUGAUGUGUCCCUUCAUGCACCCUCUGUGACUUCUAGGAAGAUUUUAACCCACUUAAUCCCAACAUUUCUCCAAGUUUUCACCACCAUUGUAAAGUCCUAGUUAUUAAAUUGCUUUGACAAAGUCAUUUCUAAAGAUUAUUAUUUAUUAAAUGUGUGAUUCAUUAGUGAUUUAUUUACAUCUGUCCUACAUUUUAAGGUCAACCCUUUUACAUGAACUGAACUCUUAUUUUAAUGUGGUGAAACUAGUCCUUUAAAAAAGAUAUAGAGCUGGUUCUACUGUUUUUUGAGCGGGUCAAAGAUAACAUGUCAACCCUGUUACCCAUACAUAGACAGGCUAGAAAGUUUUUAAUAUUAAAAAAUUGUGAAGCUUACUUUGAAUUGCCCCUCCGUGUUGCACACAAUAAACGUCCAUUCCCCUUGUCACAAGGGGAUUUAUGGCUGUUUUAAGAUGAAAUCUUCAACCUGUUACAGUCAACCUUGAUACUUUCUUUGGCACUUUUUUUUUUUUUUCUCUAGAGAUGGGAAGAUUUGUUUUUUUAAUGUAGAACAUGUGCUCUUUAUGACAGAAUGUUAAAAUGAGGUGAAAUCAAUUUUAUUUUAUUUUUUUACCAAGUUACACUACUCAAAAGGCACCCAAUUGGUGGAACGACCCAGGUACACUGGGCUUGCCAUGUUAUCAGUAGAUUGAUUCCUGUUGCUGUUGUUGUCAUUUGUAUUUGUAUUUAUUAAGGAUCCCCAUUGCUGGACCCUACUCUUCCUGGGGUCCAGCAACAUUAAGGCAGUUAUAUACAAUUACAAAUAUGACAUGACAUUACAUUUCAUAACACUUUUCAAAACACAUUAAGUGUGUUCCCUCAGUCCACUACUCUACUACCACAUAUCUACAAUACAAAAUUCAUGUGUACGUGUGUGUAGAGUGCGUGUCUUAUCAUGUGUAUGUGUAAGCGUGUAUCUGUGCCUGUGUGUGUGUCUCUUCACAGUCCCUGCUGUUCCAUAAGGUGUAUUUUUAUCUGUUUUUUAAAUCUGAUUCUACUGCUUGCAUCAGUUACCUGAUGUGGAAUAGAGUUCCAUGUAGCCAUGGCUCUACGUAGUACUGUACGCCUCCCAUAGUCUGUUCUUGACUUGGGGAUUGUGAAGUGACCUCUAGUGGCAUGUCUUGUGGGGUAUGCAUGGGUGUCCGAGCUGUGUGCUAGUAGUUUAAACGGACAUCUCAGUGCAUUCAGCAUGUCAACACUUCUUACAAGAACAAGUAGUGAUGAAGUCAAUCUCUCCUCCACUUUGAGCCAUGAGAGAUUUACAUGCAUAUUAUUAUGUAAGCUCUCCGUGUACAUUUAAGUGCCAGCCGUGCUGCCCUGUUCUGAGCCAAUCGUAAUUUUCCGAGGUCCCUUUUGUGGCACCUGACCACACGACUGAACAGUAGUACAGGUGCGACAAAACUAGGGCCUGUAGGACCUGCUUUGUUGAUAGUGUUGUUAAAAAGGCAGAGUAGCGCUUUAUUAUGGACAGACUUCUCCCCAUCUUAACUACUGUUGUAUCAAAAUGUUUUGACCAUGACAGUUUACAAUCCAGGGUUACUCCAAGCAGUUUAGUCACAUCAACUUGCUCAAUUUCCAUAUUAUUUAUUACAAGAUUUAGUUGAGGUUUAGGGUUUAGGGAAUGAUUUGUCCCAAAUACAAUGCUUACAUAGACACACUGGCAUGACAUUAGUAAAGAUUGAAAAAAGUAAGGGGCCUACACAGCUGCCCUGGGGAAUUCCUAAUUUUACCUGGAUUAUGUUGGAGAGGCUUCCAUUAAAGAACACCCUCUGUGUUCUGUUAUAGCAGACUUAACUGACUUAGCAGACUUAUAAAGACUUAACACAUAAGUUAUUCCAGCAGCAGACUAUGAUCGAUAAUGUCAAAAGCUGCACUGAAGUCUAACAAAACAGCUCCCACAAUCUUUUAUUCCUCAAUUUCUCUCAGCCAAUCAUCAGUCAUUUGUGUAAGUGCCAUGCUUGUUGAAUGUCCUUCCCUAUAAGUGUGCUGAAAGUCUGUUGUCAAUUUGUUUACAGUAAAAUAGCAUUGUAUCUGGUCAAACACAAUUUUUUCCAAAAGUUUACUAAGGGUUGGUAACAGGCUGAUUGGUCGGCUAUUUGAGCCAGUAAAGGGGGCUUUACUAUUCUUGGGUAGCAUAAUUACUUUUGCUUCCCUCCAGGCCUGAGGGCGCACACUUUCUAGUAGGCUUAGAUUGAAGAUAUGGCAAAUAGGAGUGGCAAUGUUGUCUGCUAUUAUCCUCAGUAAUUUUCCACCCAAGAGUUCAGACCCUGGUGGCUUGUCAUUGUUGAUAGACAACAAUCAUUUUUUCACCCCUUCCACACUCACUUUACAUAAUUCAAAAUUACAAUGCUUGUCUUUCAUAAUUUGAUCAGUUAUACUUGGAUGUGUAGUGUCAGUGUUUGUUGCUGGCAUGUCAUGCCUAAGUUUGCUAAUCUUGCCAAUGAAAAAAAUAAUUAAAGUAGUUGGCAAUAUCAGUGGGUUUUGUGAUAAAUGAGCCAUCUGAUUCAAUGAAUGAUGGAGCUGAGUUUACCUUUUUGCCCAAAAUAUAACUUAAGGUGCUCCAAAGCUUUUUACUUUCAUUCUUUAUAUUAUUUAUCUUUGUUUCAUAGUAUAGUUUCUUCUUUUUAUUCAGUUUAGUCACAUAAUUUCUCUAUUUGGAGUAGUUUGAAUAGCAUAUUGAAUAGUCAUCAUGGACAAUACAGUAGAUUCAGUAUGAAAUAAACCUAUGGCAUUCAUGAAGUCACAUCAGGAUGUUGUCAUUCUCUUGAUCUAUUACUUUCUCUGUAUUGUUUAUUAUGUGUAUUGUUUGGUUUCAGUGUGGUGACGUUUCGAGGUACAGGGGGAGACAGUCUGUGUCACGAUGAUGAGGAUCAGUGUGGAGACUAUGAGGUCUACACCACGGGGAUGCAGACUGUGGACCUUGGGGAGCGCAGUACAGGACCCCACGUAUCACACAACAGCCCCACUGAAGGUUUCACUGAUUUAUAUUUUGUUUCGUCUAGCAUCUAUUGACUGCUCAUUUGUUGUUUAGAAUUACCUGAUGCUCUUGAACCCAUGGAUUUAUGAAAAUAUGCUAUUCAAACUAAAUACUGAACCAUACAACAUUUCCCAAAGAUUGAGCUUGAUUAAACCACUGUCCACUCAAUUCAUCAACACUUUUUCUCAGUUUACCUUUACUUAUUGAUACGAGAACGCCUAUGGCAUUGUUAUCUUGAACGUUACCCAACUCUUCAUCCAAUUAACACUAAUUGGACACAAACGUCUAUGCCAGUUAAACAACCAAUCAAUCUCUCUCAACUAGAAUACUCUUCUGACAUCAUCAUUCAGCGCCUAAUAUCAUGUUAGCGCUUGUCCAAUUGUUACAUUGUUUUAGUAACCAUUUCUGAUCAUGGUUCAUAAUAUUAAUUAAGUAGUUCCUGGUCUGUUGUAGAAAAAGCAGCAUGUAUGGGUAAGUUUGUGAACAACGGAAAAUGUGAUUGAAUAUAUGUUGUUUUGGGAUUUUAUUAUAACUUGCCACCUCUUUCUCUCUGCCCUGUCAGAUACCUUUACGGUGGAGGAUGCAGUGGAGGCCAUUGGCUUUGGAAAGUUCCAGUGGAAGCUUUCUAUCCUUACUGGACUGUCAUGGGUUAGAGACUGGGAUUGAUUCCUAAGACAGACAUGAUCUUAAAUAUUUUCAAUUUGUGGAUCAACAACCCUUUCUAAUCAUGAGCUGCUCACUGACUCUCAUGUUGUGUUUACUGUAGAUGGCGGACGCCAUGGAGAUGAUGAUCCUGAGCAUCAUAUCCCCUCAGUUGCACUGUGAGUGGAGGCUGCCCAGCUGGAAGGUGGCUAUGCUAACAGCGGUCAGUCUCAUUCUGUCACCUAAACAUAAUCUCUUAGGCUUUUAGACUGGGGUUAUUCUCUCAUAAGCUUUAUCGCAUUAGUUUGAUUACGCCAUGUAUUCAUCACAUUUGUCCUAAUCAUAUAGGCUUCAUUAAGGCUUGUAAGGGUAGCCACCAGCUAGAGAGGAAAUGCUUUAGGCAUACAGCCAACAUUUAAAAAGUAUUUGUAGUAAUCAUUCAUUUGAUGUCAAUGUUACAGUGAUGUCAUCAGGUCACUUCUUCUCUCUCAGGUGGUGUUCCUUGGGAUGAUGUUCAGCUCGACUCUAUGGGGAAAUAUAUCUGACAAGUAUGGCAGAAAAGUAGUAAGUUUCAGUCUGCAAUUGUUUAACAUGUAUAAAAGGUUGAGAUCUUACAGCUAUGAUUUGGUCAUGUGAUCGUGAAAUACACUGAGUGUACAAAACAUUUGCUCUUUCCAUGACAGACUGACCAGGUGAAAGCUAUGAUCCCUUAUUAAAGCCACUUCAAUCAGUAUAGAUGAAGGGGAGGAGUCACAUUAAAGAAGGAUUUUUAAGCCUUGAGACAAUUAAGACAUGGCUUGUGAGUGUAGGGUUAGUUUGAAGGGUGUUAUUUUUUUUGUAUUACGAAGUAUAAUGGAUUUAUCUUAUAGUCCAGUUGGUGGAUUGUGUAUGUGUGCCAUUCAGAGGGUGAAUGGGCAAGACAAAAGAUUUUAAGUGCCUUUGAACAGGGUAUGGUAGUAGGUGCUUGGUGCACCGGUUUGGGUCAAGAAUUGCAACACUGCUGGGUUUUUCACGCUCAACAGUUUCCCGUGUGUAUCAAGAAUGGUCUGCCACCCAAAGGACAUCCAGCCAACUUGACAACUGUGGGAAGCAUUGGAGUCAACAUGGGCCAGCAUCCCUGUGGAAUGCUUUUGACACCUUGUAGAGUCCAUGCCGCUACAAAUUGAGGCUGUUCUGAUGGCAAAAGGGGGUGCAACUCAAUAUUAGGAAGGUAUGCCUAAUGUUUUGUACACUGUAUUUGUGUGCUGAACAGGGUCUGACGAUGUGUAUGGUGUGGCUCCUAUACUACGGCUUCCUCAGUGCCUUUUCCCCGGCGUAUGGCUGGGUCCUGGUGCUGCGUGGCCUGGUGGGCUUUGGCAUCGGAGGAGCCCCACAGUCGUGAGUGAUGUACUCUGUAAGGCACAGACAGCACACCUGACCUGGCUUCCUCAGUGCUGCACUCUGUUGCAAUGCAGUGGAAUAGAACACAUCAGACUUUGUUGUACAACAAUGUCACUGUCCAGAUUUCCAAGAUGACAGUCAUGCAUGAAAGAUGAUCAUCAUAAAUUCAUCCUAAAUGCCACUUGUACAGUAUCAUCGAGAUGCACUGUAAAAUACUGUUGAAAUUACUGAUGUCUUUGAAAUUACUGCGUUAGUCUCUCAGAGUUGAACAUUUCCUAAAUGUGGUUUAUCUGCAGUGGCGCUGAUCAGGCUGAAUUAACAGAAUACUGUUAUUGUAGCACACCGGCAUUCUCUCUUGGGACAGUUAGACCUGUGAAGAUGGCAGAGCGACAAUAACGCUCCAACCAGGAACAAAACAAGUGUAUUUUUAGCCCUGAGUCUGAGUGAUAGAACUGGUUCCAGACUCAAUGAUUCAGAACCAGAACAUACUGCCUUUUGUUAUGCUUUUGUUAUUGAAAUACUGACUGUUAAAGUAGUUUAUUUUGUACUGAAUGUAACUGAUUCUGUUGAACCUGUUAUUUUAUAGCCAAGGUAACGGUUUAACUUUCUGACCAAUACCGGGCCGCCCUAUUACCUGUAUAAGUUAAUGUUGUAUGCAAUGCUUAUUUGAAUUCCCUAUAGGUGUGCUCUGCAUCAGGUAGAUAAGUAAUUUUUAGAUUCAUUAAUGGACAUUUUCUUUCAGGGUGACGUUGUACUCUGAGUUCCUCCCAAGGAAGUCAAGAGCCACCUGCAUUAUGCUGAUUGAGGUACUUUCUGUCCACUGGCCUUUAUCAUAUUUUUACUAUUGCAUUAGUUUUAUCUCAUAAGAAAAUCAACCAUUUCUGGAGUAGUGUUCCAUCCUACAGUGACUAAUCCUCUUGUCUUGGCGGCCAUCAGAUAUUCUGGGCCCUUGGCGCUGUGUUUGAGGUCCUUCUGGCCAUCUGGAUCAUGCCUACCAUGGGCUGGCGCUGGCUGCUUGGCCUGUCUACUGCACCCCUGGUGGUCUUUGUUACCCUCUGUUUUGUAAGUAAUACGACUGAACUGAGACCUGCAGUAUGUAUUGUUCUGAAACAAUGGUUGACAUGCAUCACAAAGGUGGGUGAUACUGAACACAUAGGUAGUGGAUGAAGUGUGUCAUAUGCAUGUGUGUCUGAUACAGUGGCUGCCGGAGAGUCCCCGCUUUGAUGUGCUUUCGGGAAACAGGAAAAAUGCUAUGAAAACAUUAAGACUCAUCGCUGCCAACAACGGGAAGAGCAUGCCAGUUGGGGAGCUUAUUGACAAUAAACAUGUGAGACUGUAUAAUUGGUGUGGUGUGUGUGCAUUCAUGUGGUAUGUGUUUAUCUGAGACUAUCUUAGCUUACAACAUUUUGUGUAUUCACGACAAUUGCUUGGAUGUGCUUUUUCCAUAUUUGUAAAGGAGGAGGAUCGUGGUAGGAUCCGAGAUCUCUUAACUCCUCAAUAUCGCAGAACCACUCUUCUCCUGUGGUUUAUAUGGUAAGUCGAUUUUGCUCUCAUUUUCAGACCUCUCAUUAGCUCACUAUCUUGAUUCAACCAGUGCACCCUGUCCUCCCAGUUCGGAGAACCUCAGAAACCCAGAGUUGGGCCCUUUGUGUGAUCUGUGUUUGUAUGGUUUCUGUCUCAGGUUUGUCAAUGCCUUCUCCUACUAUGGCCUGGUCCUCCUGACCACUGAGCUAUUCCAGGCAGGAGACGCGUGUGGUGGUGAGUGACAGCUGGUCUGUAUGUUACUCUAAAAGGUUGAAACUUUCCUUUUGAUAGUCUUAAGCAGAAACUUCUGCACCGCCCUAACAAUCAAACAUGUUAAACAGUACUGCAAGCCUGCACUUCUAGUUGCUCUUUUAGAACCUUUGACUUAAUGUUAAAAAUUUUUUUACUAAAAUUCCUCCAGUCAUCACCCAAGGUGCCAAGACUGAGCCAAAGUGCGAGCUGGAAUGCAAAUACUUGACGUUAGAUGACUACAAAGACCUACUCUGGACCACCUUAGCUGAAUUUCCAGGUGAAUAACAUUUAAGGCAUUUAUGUACCGUAGAUACUGUUCAGCAGUAAUUCAACGGAACUGAAUCUUGUGUUUUGUUGAUGUGCUGAGUGGGACAUUCUGUAUGUGUGCGGCCAUGUCAGUUGUUUUUAUUUAUCCUGUCUCUGCAGGACUUUUUUUGACAUUGUUUGUGAUCGAUCGGAUUGGCAGGAAGAAAAGCAUGGCGAUGUGUUUCCUGAUGUUCUCUGUGUGCAUUCUGCCCCUGUACGCUUGUGUUGGAAGGUAAGUGCUCUCUUCACCUUGGCCAGGUCUGAGAUUGGAGAACCUUGGUAAUCAAGGGCCUUCAAUCUGAACUGGCCCAGUUAGUCACUGAUUGGCUUCACCCAUUCUCUUAACACUGUGUGGGGGUGACACAGCUGUGUUCAUGCUCUGCUGAUGUCUCAUACUCUCGCUCUACAGGGUGGCUCUCACAGUCUUCAUCUUCAUCGCCAGAGCAUUCAUCACUGGGGGAUUCCAAGUUGCUUAUGUCUACACACCUGAGGUAAGCAUUUUUUUUUUCUCCAUUAGUAGAUACAAAACCUCAACUUCUGCUGUUGAGGACUUUUUGUAUAAAUUAUUAUUUCUUUAGGUAUACCCCACAGCCACCAGAGCUCUGGGCAUCGGGACCUGCAGCGGGAUGGCCAGGGUGGGUGCCCUCCUAACUCCCUUUGUGGCACAGGUAAUCAUAACCCUGUACUUAAUUUGAAUCUAAGACAUCCUAACCCCUCAGAGGACUUACGGCCCUCUGGCUCCCCAGCACUGCUAACCUUCAGCUGUUUGGCCCUUACAGGUGCUGCUCAAGAAGUCUGUGUACCUGACACUGUCCGUGUACUGCAUCUUCUGCCUGCUGGCCACAGGCGCGUCCAUGCUGUUGCCCAUUGAGACCACAGGCCUGGGCCUGCAGGAGUCUAGUCGAAUCACAGCCGGUCAGGAGGAGAUGAAAACAGGCCAGAUGUCAAAUAGCUCUGAGGAUUCUCCAACGCACACCAGCUAUGGAUCAUCCUAUAACAGCUGAUGAGGACAAUAGGGUGGAGUAAGGCGUUGAGAGAAAUGAAGAGGACUUGAUUAUUCCCACUUCAGUCUUUCCCACAGAUGCCACACAAAAGCAUAAUAAAGAUGGGACAGUUUACAAGCUGGAACGCCACGCAGACCUUAUUAGAUGGGAAGAGACCUCAAGUUACAGCACAUUAGCAAGACUACACUUAAAUUUGUACACCAGCAUUUUUUUUUACAGGACUUUGAUGACUGAGUAUUUAUAGAUAUUGUAUAGCCUGAGAGACUGAGAACCCCUUCAAAUUUCUCUAUGAAUUUUCCUAUAAUUAUUUUGAUAAUUUAAGAUAAUAUAGACAUGCCAAUAAAGAAUACCUCCAUAUGCACCCAUGUAUUGCAAUAAUGAAUAUCUGUGCAGGUGCAUAAGUUCUGAGAUUUGUCUACUAUUGUUCCUUGCUUGAAUUUCCC